GGCCACUCAGAGGAACACAGGGAGUGUGAAUGUGAGAAGAGAUCACCUCAGAGAAGGACUUGGGUACUGGAAAUUGCAAAAAAACGCUUUUCACGUGUGGAUAAGACAACCUUUCUUUGUCUAAGAGGACAUUGUGGUGACUGCACUGGACUCUGGAUCCGGAACAGAGAAAAAAACAAAAGACAGAAUACCAGAUCAUGGACUCUACAUGAACAGCUCAACAAUAUAAAAAGCCUGGAAAUUAGAGAGACUGAAAAUGGGAACGUGUUGGUUUUGGUUGUGUUUGUGCGUCUUGGGUUUUGUCGCUGCUCAGUGUCGAGGACGGUGUCUGAAUGGGAUUGCAAUCAAUGUGAUCCUGCUGGAGGAUGAAGAGUCUCCCUGGAGUCUGAGGUUUGUGAGGGGACAAAUAGAGAAGGCCAUAGAGACAGAUUCAUCCAUUAAUGCUGCAGAAGAUGCAACGUUUAAUCUCACGGCUAACUAUGGCGGAUUCAACACAACCAUUUAUCGACACAAAGGCUGCCGGAGUAGUGCGUGUGAGGGAGUGGACGAGCUAAAGACGCUACUAAGUUCAGGCACCCUGGGGUGUGCAGUGAUUGGGCCUACCUGCACCUACGCUACUUUCCAAAUGGUUGAUGUUGAACAAGGUCUAAGGCUCAGUACGCCCAUCAUCUCUGCGGGAAGUUUUGGUCUCACCUGCGAUUACACGCUCAACCUGCAGCGCAUCCUGCCUCCAGCACGCAAAAUCUCUUCCUUUUUCAUCAACUUCUGGGAAUACACCAACAAGUUGAAACCUAUCUGGACGACGACCUAUAUUUACAAGAAGCCGAGCAACUCUGAGGAUUGUUUUUGGUAUAUAAAUGCACUUGAUACAGACACAAGCGACUUUGCCAAAAAAUAUCAGAAAACGUCAGUGCGCAAACCAGAGGAACUGGAUACAGUUUUGACAGCAAGCAACAGGUCAAGCAACC